CUCUCUCUCUCUCUCUCUCUCUCUCAGAGGAUAGUCUCUAGAAGAACCGAAAUCUCUAAACUGUUCCGUUUAGUAAGAUUAAAAACCUCUUUUUUGUAUGCAGUAAUUAGUAGAGGUGUCGCCUAAACUUGAGUUUGGAGCGUAAGAAAAUAGAUAAAGUCUUGGUGUGGGAUGUGCAAGAGAGCCAGAGAAGAACAGAAAAGAAAUGACGUGGCAAACGGAAGAUGGAAGAGCCAUAAUCCCAGCAAGUUAUAACCCUAGGGAUGAAGAUGAGGAUGACGACAACACUCUUCUUCCCACCAUAGCAUGCCCAUCAUGUGGCCACAGCUUCCCAUUAUUUGAUCAGAGGGAGAUUGUUCAUGAUUUGGUGGGACUACCAGCGGGAGUGAAGUUUGAUCCGACUGACCUAGAAAUCUUAGAGCAUUUGGAAGCGAAGAUAAUGGGGAACGUGAGGAAGAUUCAUUUUCUCAUUGAUCAGUUCAUUCCCACAUUGGAAGGAGAUGAUGGGAUUUGUUCUACACACCCGGAGAGACUUCCGGGAGUAAGCAAAGACGGACAAAUCCGCCACUUCUUCCACCGGCCUUCGAAGGCAUAUGCCACUGGGACUAGGAAACGGCGCAGGGUGCACAAGAACGCUGAUGAGAGUGAGACUAGAUGGCACAAGACCGGUAAGACAAGGUCGGUCCUCGCAGGCAGAGUAGUGAAAGGGUUCAAGAAGAUACUUGUGCUUUACAACAGUCACGGGAGGCAAAGGAAGCCUGAGAAGACCAACUGGGUGAUGCACCAAUACCACCUCGGCAAAAGCGAAGAGGAGAGAGAUGGAGAGCUGGUCGUGUCCAAGGUGUUCUACCGAACGCAGCCCAGACAACCCAGUUCGACGAACCUCGAAGAACCAAAGGACACAAUGCCGAAGAGUGCUCAAAGCUUGAAUGAAAAUGAUCAUGUAUCAAAGAACUCUAUUGACGUGAUUUUUUAUAAUAGUAACCCGCCUUGUGAUGUGUCUUACGACCAGCUAAUUAUUCCUAAAUUUGCCGUUCAUGGCGAGGCUGCUUUUUUGGAUCCACUAACAGAAGAUUCGAACAAGCGGAAGCUUGUAGAAUAUUCAUAGAUGAAUUAGGGAGAUAGUUUUGUGAGAGUUUUUCCACUAUAUAAAUUGAUAU